UCUGCAGGCAUUGCAUUGCAGAUAUGAAAGCCGCUGAUGAUAACUGGACGAUGAUAGAAAUAUUUGAUCAGAGCAAUGGACUGGUGGAUAAAUAGAUGAUAUUGAAACGAUUGUAAGAUAAAUUGAUCUAUAAAAACGCUCCUCAUUUCGAAACUGCAGUUCAUACUUGUGGUUUUACGAAAAUCAUGGAGUCCCUCAUAUGGUUUUUAGCAAUAAUUGUAAUGUCCAGGGCAAUGCCAGCGGAGCAAGACAUUACUGGAUGUGUGGGUCUGUGCCCAGCAGACAACAUCAACAAUGACAUCUACCUACUACCCCAUCAAAAUUGCUCCCAGUUCUGUUCCUGUAUCUACGGCAUCCCCUACGUAAUCGACUGUCCAAAGAACUUCCAUUAUUCCGAAGAGGAUCGAGUUUGCACCUUUCAAUCAGAAGCUAAGUGUAAGCUUUCUGGAGGUAGUGAGGAAGCUACUCCAUCCCUUGAUACACUGAGAGACUUCCUAGAUGAUUUGAACCUCCCACAUAUUGGAACAGACAGAUCCAUAUCACUCGUACGAUACAUUCCCACACUAACGGUUACGGGUCCACCAACGACUGUGACUGUGACCCCAACUUCGACAACUACAUGCUUAACAACAACUACAACGAAGACUAUAAACCCAACGACAACCACAUCUACUUCUACAUGCCUGCCUUCAACUACGACAAUAACAUCAACCGUCACUGCUACGCCCUGGCCAUCAACUACAACCGUGACAUCGACUGUAUCUGCCACGUGCUCACCUAUAACUGUGACAGAAACCGAAACUUCAAUUGCGACUGUUAUACCAACUCCAACUGUAACAAUUACUCCAACGAUAAUUGUUACAACUACACCGACUGAAACAGUCACUUGUACUGAGACUGUGACAACUACUCGACCUGGAGAAGUUAUCCCAACGCUGAUUGUUACGCCUGUUUAUCCUGCGCCAACGACUAGCCCUGAAUUAAGCGGAUGCAUUGGGACCUGCCCAGCAGAGGAUCCAACCAAUGUCGUGCACCUGCCCCACGAGCACUGCGGUAAAUUCUGCAAGUGCAGUUACGGAUUACCCCACGUAUUUACCUGCGACCCAGGUCUUCAUUUCAAUCCCGAACUUCAGGUCUGCGACAUUCCUGCGCACGCCAAGUGUAAGGGAAUCGUAGACUAAUUACUUUCAUCCAGGAGACCAGUAUUUUUUUUCUGGUACGACAUUAAGAGCUUUAAGGAGAUAAACGUUUGUAGUUUAUAUCACUUCGACAAAGAAAUAAAUGAAUUUACAUCAGUUAUAUGGUA